AUGGUAAAGGAAACCGGAUCGUACCGGCCGGUUCAACCGGUAAAACCGGGAAUCCGACCAACAGCGAAACGAUACCCUACCAGCCACCUUUCUAUCGCGCCGGCCGAUUUAAUCGGCUUAACCGGCAUGAACCGGUAUACCGUCCGGUUUAAAUCAGACCGGCGGGGCUGCCACUAUGAAGGCACCCUCAAAGACAACAACAACGGCGGUGGCGGCGGGGCUGCACGCGAGUCGUCGGAGAGCACCAUUGGGACAGGGGCGGCGGCGAAGAGCCAGAGCCAGAGUCAGAGUCAAAGCCGCGGCGGUGGUGGGUUUGGAUUUGACUUCGAUUUGAAUCUGCCGGCCAGCCCUGAUCUGGGAUUGGCCAUCGGCGGCGGCAGCGUGGUUCAGAAACCUUCCCGGAGGAUCGACGGAGUAGUAGAAAACGAAGAAGUGGAGAGUCCUCUCCCCGGGAAGAAACCAAGAUUGUCGCUCGGCGUACAAGUCACCACCGACCUGAUUGGAAGUGUUUGGAAUUCACAGUUGUAA